GCGGCCUCAGAGCCGCGGGCGCCCGCCCCGCCCCGCCCCGCGCCGCCCGCGCCGGCUCCGCAGCUCGCGCCUGCCCGCCUGCCGGCCCGCCCGGCGCCGGGCCAUGGCGCUGCUGCGGGAUGUGUCGCUGCAGGACCCGCGGGACCGCUUCGAGCUGCUGCAGCGCGUGGGGGCCGGGACCUAUGGCGACGUCUACAAGGCCCGCGACACGGUUACGUCUGAACUGGCCGCCGUGAAGAUAGUCAAGCUAGACCCAGGAGACGACAUCAGCUCCCUCCAGCAGGAAAUCACCAUUCUGCGUGAGUGCCGCCACCCCAAUGUGGUGGCCUACAUUGGCAGCUACCUCAGGAAUGACCGUUUGUGGAUCUGCAUGGAGUUCUGUGGAGGGGGCUCCCUGCAGGAGAUUUACCAUGCCACUGGGCCCCUGGAGGAGCGGCAGAUUGCCUACGUCUGCCGAGAGGCACUGAAGGGGCUCCACCACCUGCAUUCUCAGGGGAAGAUCCACAGAGACAUCAAGGGAGCCAACCUUCUCCUCACUCUCCAGGGAGAUGUCAAGCUGGCUGACUUUGGGGUGUCAGGUGAGCUGACAGCGUCUGUGGCCAAGAGGAGGUCUUUCAUUGGGACUCCCUACUGGAUGGCUCCGGAGGUGGCUGCCGUGGAGCGCAAAGGUGGCUACAACGAGCUGUGUGAUGUCUGGGCCCUGGGCAUCACCGCCAUUGAACUGGGCGAGCUGCAGCCCCCUCUGUUCCACCUGCACCCCAUGAGGGCCCUGAUGCUCAUGUCGAAGAGCAGCUUCCAGCCGCCCAAACUGAGAGAUAAGGCUCGCUGGACCCAGAAUUUCCACCACUUCCUCAAGCUGGCCCUGACCAAAAAUCCCAAGAAGAGGCCUACAGCAGAGAAGCUCCUGCAGCACCCGUUCACAACCCAGCAGCUCCCUCGGGCCCUCCUCACACAGCUGCUGGACAAAGCCAGUGACCCUCAUCUGGGGACACCCUCCCCUGAGGACUGUGAGCUAGAGACCUACGACAUGUUUCCAGACACCAUUCACUCCCGGGGGCAGCAUGGCCAAGCCGAGAGGACCCCGUCGGAGAUCCAGUUUCACCAGGUGAAAUUUGGCGCCCCACGCAGGAAGGAAACCGACCCACUGAAUGAGCCGUGGGAGGAAGAGUGGACACUAUUGGGAAAGGAAGAGCUGAGUGGGAGCCUGCUGCAGUCGGUCCAGGAGGCCCUGGAGGAAAGGAGCCUGACCAUCCGGUCAGUCUCAGAAUUCCAGGUGCCACAUGGAGAGAGGCUGGAGCUGGGAUCCAGGCCGUUGCAGAGGGUGCGACUGGAGUGGGAUGCGGUCACAGGACAACCUGCUAACGGCCAGACCGUGCCCUGCCCCUCCUGCCAGGAGCUGGACUCCCCAGACGAUGCCAUGGGAACCAUCAAGCGAGCCCCAUUCCUGGGGCCACUGCCCCCUGAGCCUCCAGCUGAGGAGCCUCUGUCUAGUCCCCAAGGAACCUUGCCCCCACCUCCUCCAGGCCCCAACAGUCCCCCACUGCUGCCCACGGCCUGGGCAACCAUGAAGCAGCGGGAAGAUCCUGAGAGGUCGUCCUGCCACGGGCUCCCCCCAACGCCCAAGGUGCACAUGGGCGCCUGCUUCUCCAAAGUCUUCAACGGCUGCCCCCUGCGGAUCCACGCUGCUGUCACCUGGAUUCACCCUGUGACUCGGGACCAGUUCCUGGUGGUGGGGGCCGAGGAAGGCAUCUACACUCUCAACCUGCAUGAACUGCAUGAGGAUACGCUGGAGAAGCUGAUUUCACACCGCUGCUCCUGGCUCUACUGCGUGAACAAUGUGCUGCUGUCACUCUCAGGGAAGUCCACGCACAUCUGGGCCCAUGACCUCCCAGGCCUGUUUGAGCAGCGGAGACUACAGCAACAGGCUCCCCUUUCCAUCCCUACCAACCGCCUCACCCAGCGCAUCAUCCCCAGGCGCUUUGCUCUGUCCACCAAGAUUCCUGACACCAAAGGCUGCUUGCAGUGUCGUGUGGUGCGGAACCCCUACACGGGCGCCACCUUCCUGCUGGCCGCCCUGCCUGCCAGCCUGCUCCUGCUGCAGUGGUAUGAGCCGCUGCAGAAGUUCCUGCUGCUGAAGAACUUCUCCAGCCCCCUGCCCAGCCCGGCUGGGAUGCUGGAGCCCCUGGUGCUGGAUGGGAAGGAGCUGCCGCAGGUGUGUGUGGGGGCUGAGGGACCUGAGGGGCCCGGCUGCCGAGUCCUGUUCCAUGUCCUGCCCCUGGAGGCUGGGCUGACGCCUGACAUCCUCGUCCCACCUGAGGGGAUCCCAGGCUCGGCCCAGCAGGUGAUCCAGGUGGACAGGGACACGGUCCUAGUCAGCUUUGAACGCUGCGUGAGGAUUGUCAACAUGCAGGGCGAGCCCACGGCCACACUGGCGCCUGAGCUGACCUUUGACUUCCCCAUCGAGACUGUGGUGUGCCUGCAGGACAGCGUGUUGGCCUUCUGGAGCCAUGGGAUGCAAGGCCGCAGCCUGGACACCAAUGAGGUGACCCAGGAGAUCACAGAUGAAACGAGGAUCUUCCGAGUGCUUGGGGCCCACAGAGACAUCAUCCUGGAGAGCAUUCCCACUGACAACCCAGGGGCGCACAGCAACCUCUACAUCCUCACAGGCCACCAGAGCACCUACUGAGAGCGGCGGGCCUGGCCAGGGGCUCCCCACCCCAUGCCUUAGCUGCAGGCCCUUUUGAGCAAAGGGGCCCAUCCCAGACCAGAGACGCCCAGGCCCCAGCCCUGCUGGGGCUGAAGGGCAGAAUCAAUCCUGAGAAAUGUUUCAGGCCUGGGGAGGGAGGGGAGCCACCCCCACGCCUCUGCAAUAACUGGACCAGGGGGAGCUGCUGUCACUCCCCGUUCCCUGAGGCAGCCCAGUCCCUAGUGCCCAAGGCAGGGGCCCUGGGCCAUCCAUUCCAUUUUGUUCCACAUUUCCUUUCUACUCUUUCUGCCAAGAGCCUGCCCCUGCAUCUCUCCUGGGGAACAUGGUAUUUAAGAGAGAACUAUAUUGGUAUUAAAGCUGGUUCGUUUUACUCCUCUGGUCCCUCCAGGUCGGGGGAGUGAACCCA